UGUCAGUGUGUGUGUGUGUGUGUGUGUGUGUUUGUGUAUAUUUGAAAAGUGUGGGAUGAGGCUGGGCCCAAGCCAACAUUGCAAAAAGUUGGACAGAUAGACAAAGCGAGAGGACACCAGGACGCUCAGCGCAGCACCAUCAACGAUCCAGCACUAGAAGCUAAGGAGAGGAUCUUCUGUCCAGAUGAGAGAGUGGACUGAGUGGGAGAUGAACUUUUCAGCAGGAGGGUUUCUCUCCUCCACGGAUGGAUACUGUUCCACAGAGCCACUCCAGUACUAUGACAUGCUGACAGACCCUCUGGGGUACCCCCUGCAGGACCCAGACCUCCAGCUGCUCCCUUACAGCCAACAACAGUACAACCCUGCCAGCCUGCCCUUCCCCCUCUAUGGCUCUCCCCCCUCUUCCACCUCCUCUCCCUCCUCCUCCUCUUCCUCCUCGCAGCCAUGCCAUCCUCAGUACCACUACAGCCCUCACUGCAUGGAGCCCCCCUGUGUCCCCAGUCCCGAGCCACACUGCGGGGGUCUGGUGCAGGGGCUCGGGGUCGGAGGUUUGCCUCUGGUGCGGCGGACUCGGGUGGGGUUAGGAGGGAAGGGCAGGGGUCAGGACGAGCUGUGUGUGGUGUGUGGCGAUAAAGCUUCAGGGUAUCACUACAAUGCUCUCACCUGUGAGGGAUGCAAAGGUUUCUUCAGGCGUAGUGUGACUAAAAAGGCGGUGUAUCACUGUAAGAGCGGUGGUGGAUGUGAGAUGGACAUGUACAUGAGGAGGAAGUGCCAGGACUGCCGGCUGAAGAAGUGCCAAGCUGUGGGGAUGCUAGCUGAAUGCCUUCUGACGGAGGUGCAGUGCCAGUCUAAACGACUAAGAAAAGGAGGUAAAGGAAGAGGACAGGAGGAGGAGGAGAACACAGACAGCAGGAGGGUCAGCUCUACCAGCAGACUACCUGCACAGGCUCUGUCUGCCAGUUUAACCAGAGAGCAGAAGUACUUAGUGGACAGGAUGGUGGAGGCCCACAGACAGUACAGAGCUCAGGACAGCAGCCACUGCAGGUUGUUCGAGUGGCCGUGUGCAGAAGAAGGGGAGAGUUUGUCCGAGGUUUUAUCUCCAAACAUGCAAAGACUACUGCAGUUCGCCAGAACAGUGCCAGGCUUUGACCUCCUGGAUUUCUCAGAUCAGAGCUCUCUGUUGUCCGUCUCCUCACUGGAGGUCAUGUUUCUGCUCUCCGCUCAGCAGUUCUCCCACAACCCAACAAGCCCCAGUCCAGCCCUGCAGCUUUUCAGUAUGUCACCACACAACUGGCUGAGAAACGUAGAGUCAAAGGAAAACAUCCACAGCAGGACGCCGGUCAACUCAGGCAGCAGCGAGGAUCUCUUCGGCCCUGUGCUCAGCUUCUUCCACAGCAUGGCGACGCUGCGGGUGACGGAGGCUGAAUACACGCUGCUCACAGCUACAGCUCUGCUCUGCUCAGACCGUGCGUCCCUGCAUGCGGCAAACUGUGUUGAGAAAAUGCAAGAACUGAUUCUAGACCUGCUGUCCAGAGUGUGUGGGGCCCAGGCUGGAGCUGCGCGAGGGGGACCACAGAGGUUUGGCCGCCUGCUGGGCAGACUGACGGAGCUACGAACCCUCCGUCACAACUACCUCCUCCUGAUGAGACAGCAGCCCGGACUCUGAAGGAGAAGCAAACAGGAUAUGGUGGAAACCGGCACAAUCAUCUCUGGGGAGUUUCAUGUGUAAAUGUAAGGAGUUGAGGGGUCCUGUUUGAGCUGAGAACAAAUAUUUGGCCAUUCAAUUGUUUGUGCCUGUUAUUGAUCAAACUUUACUGCAUCCUGGAGGGUCUGUUGAUGACAUACUGACACACAAAUACAACAAUGACUGCAGCUCAUUCAGUCCUGCAGUCACUGUUGAGUUUUAGCUUCUGGUGGAACUUAAAUGUUGUGAUGGACUUUUGCGGUAUUUUAUAGCUCUUUUUAUAAAUGUUGUAUAAAGCUGACAUGAACGAGUACAGUGCUUUUGAACAAGCUGAGUAAUGUUACAUUAAAUAAAAUGCUAACUUUG